GAUGUGGAGGUUCUGACCGAUCGUAGCCUUGCUCCUUUACGAGCUGGAGUGCCAUAUGUUUAUCGCACGUCCGAUCUCAACGUCGUGGCCGACUCUGUUCGUCAACUUCCACGUGACAUUCCCCAUCACCUGCGAGUGGCGAAGAUCUACUACAAACCGGACCUUGAAGCUGUCAGAGACGAAGAAACCCAAGUGAAACUUUUCGGCGAAGGUGCCGUUGAUGAGUGGCGCAAAGGACUCGCCACGAAAGGUAGGGACGCUCUAGCAGAUGCCAGCCGAUGGGAAAGGUGGGAGCACCAGGCCCGCACAGAGCGACGCUCUGUUGCAGCCUUCAGUAUAGCACGCGUGCUCCAAGACCACGGCCGGGAGUCGUUUCAAGGGCUUUCAGAGCAGUCAAGCGAUUCCACCGACAUGGUAAACAAACCAUCGUCGGUCCCAGUGAAUGGUGAGACGCACACUUUCAUCUCUUGUCCGAUUCGAGUUUCAAUCAGUGGGCUCAACGAAAAGCCGCCGUCCGGAACGAUUCCACACGGCAUUGCAAAAGUACAUGUCUGUGUUAACUAACGCUUUUGCUGCAGCCGUGCAUCCCCUACCGCGUCCAGUGUUCGCCCUCCCUUCGUCAGCCAGCGCACAGUUGCCAUCGGCGCAACAAUUGGCACACAUUAAACCUCACCGUACACCAGGAGAGGUGGAGGCCCUACGAAAAUCUCGAAGAGCGGAGAUUGAACAUCGUUGCGCAGAGCUAGAUCCACCAAUCACCGCGAAUGUCUUGCGGCAUAUGGAAGCAUACCAAGCAGCCAUGCAAAUAGCAGCACCUUUGACUGAUCUUGCAUGGGCUUUACUGGAGCCGCGAUUACUAGCCCAAAGAGAGUCUGCAGAAUCAAUCGAGCGAAUGCGUGCACAGGAUGUCGCAGCGCUGCAAAUAAGCAGAUGCCUUCCCGGCAGAGCACUUCUCCCAACUGGAUCCACUAAAGAUCAAGCUCGGGAUCACGAGCGCAAACAACAAUCUCUACGCGCGAGGCUCGGCCAAUCUGCUGACGAAUAUAUCAAUGGGCAGUGGCACGGUGGGAGGGCUUUGACUUGGGAUACCACCCCGAUUUUUGCUGCAAAUGCGUUGCACCAUGUUUGGCGAUCAUUCGCUCACGAGCAGGAGACCUUCGAUCUCCAAAGUGGCGCCGGCGAUCACACCCAGUCUCAACACGACGAAGAUGUUGAAGGGGAACGGUCCUUGACGCUUGAUAACAUGAAAUGGGUGUACGACACAAAGGUGCGGCCUUUGGCCGAUCAGCACCGUCGAGAACAUUUCCUGUGUGCAUCGUGUUCUGAAGCUGAAGUGACGAAAUGGUUCGCAUUUGAAAGCCUCAUGCAACAUUUCGGCGCCAAGCAUACUAGUUCAUUUAGUCGAGGGAACAUCGUUGUUCACUGGCCGACCGCCAAAUGGCCGGAGGAACCGCCUUUCAAACUCAGGCCAGAAUCGCGAGUCAAAUCCGAUAAGAGAGAGGUCGGGUCAAUGAUUUGCACACAAGCACGCUAUUUGCUGUCUGGUGAGUCCGGCGGACGAUCUGACUGGGCCCCUGUUCAAUUUGAUCCUAUCCAAUACGUGAGGCAACUGCAUCGAGGCGAGACCGAUGUUCUUGAUCAGAACCAUCAAGAAAUCGUGCCAAAAAUUGGCGCCGCUGGUCUCGGUGCAGCUUCACGCACCACCAUGAUUGAUUCGCCCGCGCUGCCACUUGAUGAUCCUGCUUCGAAAGUCAAGUUGGCCAACGAUCUGCACACCAUGUGGUCAACAAUAAAAGGCAUUGAGACCGACCUAGAGUGUGUACUUGUGCGCACAGUCUUCUAUCAUGCAGCCAAGAGCUUCCACGAUCAAUACGGGCACAACCCGGCUCUAAACCUGGUCACCCAAGUGCUGUCAUCACACGAACAGCUACGAUCUCUGAAAAUGACGAAAGGCCUAGCUUGUAAAGUCUGCGUCGCUGCCGCCAAUCCAGCACCAGGCGAUACGAGUUCUUAUUACGCCCGCAUUCGGACGGUCAAAUUACGGAAACUAUCUUCUUUGCUGGAGCAUUUUGCGCAAGCACACUCGAGUGCCGCAUCAUCAAACUGGGUCGCCGCUACAAUCGAAACGCCCUCUGCAGAAGACAUCGAUGAGUUGCGUGGAGCUCCUGGUAUGGAUGCGAUGAAACACGCUCUGAUCAUUGGUGCUCUGGAUAGGCCCAAUCCUCCGAAUUCAUCCAUUACCCCUCGUAUUGGUGGAUUUAAUCUGAAAAUAUCCUCUGAUCUGAUGAAGCCCAGCGGAGUCCUCGAUCGGUUGUCUGGGAGAACCAAGGCCCCAUCAAAAAGAAAGAAGACUCGGCCCAGCGAGCCAACUCAAUCAUCCAAGAAAGUACACGACGAUCUUGCUUCGCGGACUCUCGUGACUGAUCGAUCUGAACCUCAAGAAAGUGAUCCAAGUCGCUUCGAUACCGAUUUCGCACGGAACAAAGAAUCGAUCAUGGUACCAGAAGGACUUCCCCAGGGACAAAUACCUUUGAGAGAACCCGAAGGUGAAAUUUUCACCCGGAGUCCCUCGGUAGGAUGCAACACGCGCGACCCGCCGGACCAUGGAGUAGCCCGCGCACCUCAGUUCCCUGCCGCGAAUGCUUCACUCGACAUUGCAGCAAUUUUAGCAGCAUUGAAUGAGAAGACAUCAUUGAAUUCGUCGGGCAGAACAGCUCAACACUUGGCUCUUGCCCCGCAAAAUCUGCAUGAUGAUGGGCGCAACGCCCACGUAUCAAGAAACUCGCAACAUCAUGCAUCGCCUGCCACACACGUGAUGCCGGUACACCACUAUCACGACGCACCCGCCCCAACAAGCACCGCUAGCCCAUCAUAUUUGGACGCAGUUGAGGCUCUUCGAUCCUCUCUUUUCAGAGGGUCGUCCGACCCUUCUAUGCAGCACGCCGGUAUGGCUCUACCUAUAUCCCUUCAUCACAGGUAUACUCCUCAUACAGUGCCAAGUUCUCAGCAGCCACAUGUAGAUGGGGGGCACCAAGGGCGUCCCAAUGCUACGUCUGAGGAACAGGCCGUCCGAUUCAUCCAAAUCCCGCCCACAGCCUAUGUUACAAGCGGCGGUCGUGAUCAUCCACGACCAGGACCCAUCACGUACAUUGACGAGUAUGGGCAGUCUGUCGAGCUCAUUCCGAUCAAUCAAGCACCACAGCAACAGGUUCAACACAUAUCACACUUGUAUGGCCAUCAAGCACGCCCACACGACAUCGGACGAUCAUCACAUGCCACUGGUGCAAUUGCGGAACAGAUAUGGAUGCAAUAUCAAUCAGGAUACGAUACUACACCGUAUAUGCACCAUGGAUACAACCAUACUCGUGGCUGAUUUCAAGCAACGGAGGACGCAUCAAGUUCGCAUCUCUAGCCAAUUCUCCUCACUCAACUUCAGCUGAUACCUUACCGCAUGAAGCUGACCAAGUCCCUUGGAUAGUUCAGUAGCCUUGUGGUUCAUCAUCCCCCAUGCCUACGACAUGGACAAUUCCUAAUUACCUUUCACGUCCCUCGUCGACCGGUUGGAGAGCGGAAUGUGUUGUCGACAAGUUAAGUUUUAGAUAAUGCAAAAUUCUUGUCGAAAUUACCGCUCAAGAAAUGGUUUGGAUCAUCAUAAGUAUGUUUGGGCCACGA